GGAUCUGGGCAGCAUCAAGUUACAACUUAUAUGUACUGUGCUGCUCUGGAUCUGGGGAUUUCCUGCCACUUUCAUCUUUCAUCCAUUGCAUCUACUCAAUCUAUCAAGUGCCUGUUCACCUGACUGUACCUGUUCGCCGGCGAUGUCCCGGGUGGCGACGUACUCUUUGAUUCAGGGAGAGAAAGACAAGGAUGAGGGAGGGUGUGGUAAUGGCCGGCGGGGGCCAGAUACACCGAUGGAGGUCGGAGAGGUGAAGAGGGAGGAGAUUGACCCUUUAGAAAGGGCAGUAGCUUCCCUCACUCAUGAGGUGUUGGGGGCUGUGGAGAAGGACUUGAGUCAGCCAACCACGACAGCUCCGUCUGUUGUGGUCCCAACCAUGUUGGGGGCUGAUGAGAGUAAUUUGAAACAGCCGACCACAGCCACUCUGUCUGUGGUCCCGACAACCUCUGUUGGAGUCCAGGUGGGACCACGUAAGCGUGGGAUUUCUAAGGAGGCUUUGACGGCCCAGCCUUCGGUUGGGCCCAGUAAGCUCCCUAGGAAGGCUGCUGAGGUUGGGGCUGCCCAACAUAGCAGACCUUCAGAAUCAUCCCGCCUGGGCAGACUUGCUCCCAAAGAAAAGAGGGAGUAUAAGAACACCAAGUACAGGUGGUGGUUAAAGAAAGGGGCUGGUAAGAAAACCCCUAGCUCUUCGGCUGUGGCUACUCCGCCGAAUCCAAUUCAGGGUUCGGAUGUUGUGGACCGGCCAGAAGUGCUCCCUCCUGUUGCCUCCGGCAAUAGGGCCCUGUUGGGCAGGGGAAGGGGUAUCUGGGCCAGAGAGGAUUUUGUUCCUUCUGCUGGAAGAGGUCGGGGACUUGCGUCCCAUGUCCUUUCUCCGUUGGCCGGCAGUAGUGUCUCUCCUGCUGUCGGAAGGGGCAGAGGAGCAGUCGCCGCUGCUCCUAGCCCUUCUCCCAGGCUAGCCACACCUGAUGCUUCUGAGUGUGAGGAAUCUUCCUCGAAGAAGAAGAGGGGUUCCCAGAGGUGCCCAGUGCGCGGAUGCGGUCAUAGGACCGUAAGGAUGCGGCAGCAUUUGUUGCAGCACCUUCCUGAAUGUUUCAGGCCGCGCAAGGUACACUCGGGACCAAGAUUCCGAGAAGCACUGCGUCUUCGGCGGGCUGCAUUGCAGUACAUCUCGCAAUGUUUGCUAGGAGAUCAGGCGGAUGAGUUCGCGCUUGUAGAGCUUGUGAACUCACGGUGGCGGGCAGAGACUCCUCGGGUUUCCCAGGAGGAUCUGUUCGAGAUGAGGGCCAUGAUUGACCACCAUAAGUGGCCAAGAGUGGAUCCGGCUCUCGAGCCCCGUGUGAACACGCCUGCAGCGUUAAUUCACUACCGUCCUUUGGUUUUUCUGUUGGACCUCCUCUCUGAUACUCAGCGAGAGCACAUCGUUGAGUUGAGAGAGGUUCCGGGAAGACGAGCGCCACAGAUUCCUGUGAGGUCUGCGUCUAACUCAGCUCAGGAGUCUGUGACCCCGACGUCGGUCCCUCCAUCUGUGCCUCAGCCAGUGGGAGGUCGACCUGACUUGGGCCCUACUAACCCCGUCGAAACCACAUUGACCCUUAGGGGAUUUGAUGCCCAUUUCCAUCCGGACCGUCUUCGUGCCUUUGCGAACCAGGUCCAGCAUCCUGUCCCUAUGGCUCCUGGGAGGGCACCCAUCCAUUGUGUAAACGUGGAGGGGGGAGUGAAAAACUAUUGUUUUCCUGAGUUUUUCACUAAUCCUGCCCUUGAACAGGAUCUCCUGAAUCUUCAGGAAGGGUCUCUGUGGAAAAUCGCUGUUGGGAUCCAUCCAAAGCAGGCCCAUCUCUAUACCCGGAGACAAUGGGACCUGCUAUUGCAUUACCUUGCUUUCCCACGGGUAAUCGGACUCAGUGAGGUCGGGCUCGAUCACACCAUGAGUCCAGAGGUAUGGAGACAUCAGGAGGCUCUCCUGUAUCGUCUCCUAGGCCUUGGUACCUUGGGGAAGGUACUGAUAAUGCAUAUCCGUGGAUCCGAUCGGGACCGUUUGGGCAAAGAGGUAUAUCGUAUUGCCCUUAAGGCAUUACGGGAGAAGUGCCUGGUGCAUCAGAGGAUCCAUCUCCAUUGUUUCAAUGGAGACCUCCAUGCAGUCCGUGAAUGGACCCAAGCCUUCCCCCAUUGCUACUUUGGGAUAACAGGUCUUUGUAAGAACUUUUCCACAAAGCAGCGUGCCGCGGUCCGGGAGAUCCCGCGGGAUCGGCUCCUGUUGGAGACUGAUUCUCCCCAUCUUAAGGUCCAUCCAGACCAGGAGUAUAACACUCCUGCCUAUCUGGGUGAUGUGGGCCAAUUGGUGGCGACCAUCUGUGGGACCUCCCUUACAGAGAUAAUGACUCUGACAUUCGCCAAUGGGCUGCGGCUUUAUGGGUAGGCCCCCAGUCCAGAGAACUUCAUCCCUAGUUGGAACACUCGUUAAAAAAUAAGUUUUUAUGGUUUUUACUGAAUUUCAUCCCUCUGAAGAGUUAAUGACUCACCAAAUUUUAUCUAAGAGGUAUGAAAUAUGAAACGCCCAUAUCAAUGUAAUGAACUUAACACAAACUGAUUUAAAUCAUUUAAUUUCAUCAAUAUGUCUGGUUUGAAUAACUGUUAUCGUAUCGUACUUAUGAUGCAACUACAGAAGAAAUCUUGUUCUGACCAUAUCUCAGACAUUUUUUAUAUUUGAUGAGCAAUACUUUUGCACCUGACUACCCAACAUGGUAAAGGACUUACAGGUGAAUGAAUUAUUUUGAGCUGCCAAUUAAAUAUAGGUUUUCAACAAAUUACCACUGAAAAACUGAGAAAUCUUACUGGUGGAUCAUUUAUGCACAUAUUACUU